AUGGACAAAGAAAAUUCUGAUAAUUUGUUCAACUUAUUGCUGGACAAUGCUGUUAAUAAAUUAGAACCAUCAUCACAUACACGUAAACAACGACGAUGGCGUAAUAAGCAAAAAGAUAAACUCUAUUGUACUCAAUUAUCUGUGCCUCGUUUAUUGACUGAACAAAUUAAAGAAUCAAAUCAAUAUUUAUCCAAAAUUAAUGGAAAUUUUGAAGAUGAUGUUGCUGUAAAUGAUCCAGUUUUUAAUGAUAAUAUACUUUUUCAUGAUAUACUUAUGGAUGAUACAAAUGCUGAUGUCGCAGCUGCUGGUGGUAGAUUAGAUGAUGAUACACAUGCUGAUCGUACAUUUGAUGAUAAUUAUAUACUCAAUGAUGAUUAUUAUAAUUAUAAAUU